ACUCAGUUCCGUCGUGGACGUCGCGACGCCCAACCUCUUCACAGGUGUUUAGCCAUAACCCAAGAAUGCGGUCCGUCCGGAAUACCAUCAUUGGAAUUUUUUGUUGAAUCGGGACACCCACCACACCACCAUCAUGGACUGCUGCUUCACCAUCAGGCGCGGAGGCCGAACCAUGUCGCAUCACAGCGAUGACAACAUGCUGAUCGCGACCAGCGACUCCUUCUGGGAACCGGGCAACUAUAAGAAAACCACCAAGAGGAUCGAAGACGGGUACAAGCUGUGCACCGAACUGAUGACCUUAGUGAACGAACGCGCAGAGAUCGAAAAGGCGUACGCGAAGAGCCUGAAGACGUGGUCGAAGAAGUGGAACGACUCCAUCGAAAAGGGGCCCGAGUACGGGACGACGGAAGCCGCCUGGAAGGGGGUCCUGGUCGAGGCCGACAGACGAUGCGAUCUCCAUACGAAAAUCAGGGACAAUCUCACCAACGAUGUGAUAAAUAAAAUUAAAGUGUGGCAGAAAGAUGCAUAUCAUAAAUCGAUGAUGAAUAUUAAAGAGAAGAAAGACAUGGACGAUGCGUUCAAAAAAGCGCAGAAACCAUGGGCGAAGUUGCUGCAAAAGGUCGAAAAGGCCAAGAGUGAUUAUCACACGGCGUGCAAGACGGAAAAGUCGGCGGCCAAUCAGGAGAGGAAUGCGGCCGGCGAUAGCUCCUUUUCGGCCGACCAGCGACAGACUAUGGUGAAAAAGAUGCAAGACCGCGUGCAGAAGUCGAAGGAAGAGGUGCAAAAGUGCAAGGAAAAGUACGAGCUGGCCCUGCAAGAGAUCAACCAAUACAAUCCGAAAUACAUGGAAGAUAUGACCGUAGUGUUCGACAAAUGCCAAGAAAUGGAAGCUCAAAGGUUGAAUUUUAUCAAAGGGACGCUUUUCGACAUCCACAAAUACCUAAACGUUUCCCAAGACCCGACGUUGCAACAAAUCUACGAGGAGUUGUACCAUACGAUUAACAACGCCGACUAUGAGAAGGACCUGAAAUGGUGGUCGAACAACCACGGGGUGAACAUGGCAAUGAAUUGGCCGCAGUUCGAGGAUUAUACCGAGGAAUUCCGCGAUAUACACAAGGGCAAGUCGAAGGAUUCGGCCACGUCCGGCAUCACGCUAAUAAACCAGAGGCCCGUCGGGGAAGACUUGCAUGAAUAUUCCAGCAAUAAUAAAGCAUUGAAAGCUAAAACUACCGUGACGGCUGUCAAAGUCAACAAUACGCCGCCGGUGCAGAAGAAGGACGUCGUCAAACCGGCGACGGUUGAAAAGGUCGAGAGCCCUGCGAAUCGAGCGUCGACCAUAACGAACGGCUCGAGUACAAAAGACGCGAACCCCUUCGAUGAGGAGGAGUGGGACGAGAGUGAUGCCCUUGUGGACAAUGGGGAGCCGGGGGUUCCGGUCAAGGCGUUGUACGACUAUGAGGGGGCAGAGAACGACGAACUGAGUUUCAAGACAGGUGACGUAUUUGAGAAACUGGAAGAUGAAGACGAGCAAGGGUGGUGUAAGGGGCGCAAAGACGGACGAGUGGGGCUGUACCCAGCCAAUUAUGUUGAAGUGGUGCCACAUUGAUACGUGUCAAAUGUUAAUUGUUGUUAUUUUUUGAAAUAUAUAGAGCUAUUGCUCGUUAUGAAAUAUAAGUUUUUGUUGACUGGCAUAGGUAUUGCCUUACAGUAUUGUACAAACUGAUGGGAAAAACAGAUUAUAAUUUAUGAUAUUAUCAAGCAUUUUUUCAGUUUGGUUGUAACAUUUUUAGAGGUAUUAUAACGUAAUAGCGCUAGGCCUACUCAUUACAUUAAUGUAUAUACAUUUGAUUAAAUCAGAACACUUCCAGUGGGUACAUAUGAUCAUUUAGUUUAGGUAUCUGUAAAUUAUUACCUAGAAUAGAGUGAUUAUAAAUUGUAUAUAACGUAACAGUAAUAAAUUAUAAUCUAUUUUAAA